AUGGAUGUGUUCAGCUUUGUGAAGAUGCCAAAGCUGCCAGGGUGAGUCCGACGGAUGCUGCUGUGUGUUUGCCUAUCUCUGUAUGUUUCUCAUGUAGGUGGUGUUUCAUGUGUUCAUAGAGACACAUUUCAGAGUGGCACUGGUAUCACAUGUUGAUCAUAAAUGCUGAGUUAUUGAUGGCUCAAGGGAGCAAGUUGUGCAGUCAUGUAUGAUGGGAAAUGAAUGGGCGAGUGAGGGAGAUGGGAGUGGGGGUGGAUGCAAGAGCUGUUGCGGUUCAUGUAAACUGUCUGCAUAUAAGUUCAUAAAUUCCUUAUACAGCUGACAGCAGACAUGCUUGUUGCGUUUUGUAUUUUGUGAUGUAAUGGAGCUGUACAUGUUAUGAAAUUCUGCAAGAAUCCACUGGAUUUGCCUCAGGCUGUAAAUCAUAUCAACUAAAGGAUCCAUGGGCGGUGAUUUGUUCAUUUACAGUAGAGUUUUAAGUCGUUAUUAAACAUUACAUUUUGUCAGAGUAAUGUUAAAUCCAAAUGAAGACUUCAGUAUGAACAGUCUGAUUUAAUAUAACCCAUUAAAAAUCAGUGGGUAUUUAAUAUCAAAUUAAUAUACCUUUGACGGGAGCAGAAGAAUUGACACUUAAAUUUGGCUGAUUUACAAUCAAAUAACAAUGAAAGAGAUAAGGAACCAGACUGUUUAAUAGCCUUUUCAUUUCCAUUCUUGACAUCUCCUCGGAGAGGAUUUUAGUUAAAGUGAAUAAAAGUAGAAGACAAAGUGAUAGAGAGUACUUAAAGUGAACGUAAAAAUGCUACUUCCCAGGAAUUUAUUCAUUUCCAGGGCAAACUCCUCACCUUAUGCUCCCAUGGGUCUGCUAGAUUGAGUUGAUCUGCCCCAGUGGAAAGUAAUCCUCCAAGAGGAUUUAGCUUCAUCAGGAAUACCACAGACCAGUGGUGGUGGGAACAGCUGAUCAAAAGAAGAAAUCAUUAAAUUAGACACUGUUAGUGACACAUAAAUGCACAUUUGGUACAUUUUAUUCAACUUACCUGUAAACAGCUGACCGAAGUGGCAUUUGUUUAAUAGUUAGGAUAAUUAAUCUCAGUUUUUACUGUAACGUUAAAACCUGACUUGGCAGUAUUCAGCUUUUUCUGCUGGAUGAGAAUGACAGCUUCUUUUAAAAGUACACAGGUAGAAAGGAUUUCUCAUCAGAUGAGAGGACCCUUGUUUUCUACUUAGUAUCCCUCCAUGGCAGCAAUUCUAAUGCGUCUCCCAGUGGACCCCCAACGUCACUGCAUCCUGUCACUGUUGAUAACACCACACACUGCUCUCCCUGAUUAUGAGCUACCACUGCUACACAGGCUUUUUUUGUGUAUGUGCGUUCUCCUACUAAGCUGCCAACAGGAAUUUAAGUCAGCAGGAUGCUGUUUUGCCAAGGUUGAUGUUACACUUUACAGAGAGACCCACAGUUUGUGUUGUAGAGAUGAACAAGAAAGGGAGUGAUUUCUUUCAUUGUCCCGUUCUCCUGCCUCGCUGCGCCCCCGGAUGUGUCUACUGUAGGGAAAUGAAUGCAUCUUUUGGCUUUCAUUUUCAGCACUCUUUGAUGUGUUUCAGUCUAACAAGAAUUUCUGGGAGGUGGAUUUUUUUCCACUUUUUUUUACUUUUUAACCUAUACCAACUUUGUUUUCUUGAAUCAAAAAAAGAAUUUUGAGCUUUUUAAGCUGCUGUUUUUUUUAAGCUUUUCUUGUUGAACUUUGGUUUUACUUACCCUAAAGUGCUGCAACUCUCCUGCAUGUGUUUGUCAGUUAUUGUGGGUAUAACAUGCACGGAUCUCAAAGCAUUUAUGGAGAAUGAUUCAAUAAUAAUGCAAAGACGGCCUGACUCAAUAUGGUUGAAAAACUGUGGGCUUGUGUAGGCGAUUUCUAGGCCUCCUUGCAAUGCAUAAAUUAGAGAAGGUCUAUUAUUUGUCUUUAGAUCCAACUAUUUUUAGUCUUCCUUAUAUAACAGUUUUGCUCAUUUAAUGCAUUAGUGAAAAUGAUUAUUCCCGAUGGUGAGAAUUUUCCUCACAGAUGAGCACACAGUUCCUCAUGCCGGACAGUGAGAUAGUGAGAAAUCACUGGUCCAGACACAGAUUGAUUUGCCUAAAUAUUCAUCAGAGUACACCAAGUGCAAAAGAUCUGUCAUUCCUUAGCUGUUCCCAUCACAAGCUGUUGGGGAGGAGUGGAUCAGAAAUGGCUCCGGGUCAGAAGCGGGAGCCAGCUGGCUUGUGGACGAGGUCUCGGGCAACCAUUUGUUUUGUUCUGUCCUUUGGAGCUUUUAGCAUAAAAGCAGCGCAUAGCACAAUGAAGUGAAGGAGAAUGUCAAGUUGAGUGCCCAUGGAUUUAGUUCAUUUACUAUAUUUGGUUAAUGUUUCACAUCAGGCUAUGUGGAGCGGAGCAGGCCUCGGGAAAAAGUAGCCACAAUGAAAUCCGGAUGAAAAUCUGAAAACGCGACAUCUGCUUUAAAAAUGAUAAAUUCAGUGUCAGAUGGAGAGAAGAUAUAAAGCUGGUUUAAAGAGAAAAAUCUGAUACAUUUUCUGUGUUCAGACUAUCCAGAUAUCAGCUCUGUUGUGAGAUAAAUGAAGCCAAGCCUGUGUGCUAGUCCAGGCAGGGAACUUGAGCUGCAUUGACAUCAUAUGUGAUCACCUGAUCACCUGACAAAACAUAUCCUUGCAAUUUGGUGUCUUUUUAAGCAACAGGAUAUUGCCAUUACUGCCAUGUAUAAGUGCUGUAUUUACAUUUCAGCCCCAUCACUACCCUAGCAUCCAUCUGCAGGCUCAAACUAGAGGGUUAAAGAUCUUGGCUGUUGCUUGUCUGCAUGUUUAAGUUGAGCUGCAAUAAGUGCUGAGGUGGGAGCCUACUUACAAACAAUCCUCUGCUGCUGCAGUUAACUGGUCAAAGGAUAAAUGUGAGUUGUCUGACUGAAUUGUGUUUUGUUGUUAAACAGGUAAACCAGAGGCAGGGGGCUGUGAGGAUCACUUACUGCUUAUAGAAUAGCAGCAGGACCAUAGUGGGUGGGCUGUUUCCCAGAUGCAGUAUCAUUCCCACCCAGAAGAGAUUAACUAACCAAAAAACCUUUCUAUAUAGAGGCAGCAGAGAGCUGCUAGGAUGGUGCGGUUGCCCAUGGCAACAAUAUCAGUGCUUCCAAAGACAAACACAGAAAUGCAAUAUUCAGCUGGAAUAAUGGGGGAAAAUAGACUCUCUUAUUCUGAAGUGAUUGUUAUUGUGCUGAGCAUUUCAAAGGGAGAGUGCAUAAUGAAUUAAAUUCAAGUCACCCAGGCUGAUUGAUUGGGCUGUCUUGAUUUCUUUCUGUGUUGUUUGCUGCAUAUAGAAGUGUUUUUUUGUUUGAUAUCAGGAAAACAUAAUGUUUUUCUUUCUGGUGUCAGAAAAUAAAAUGUUAGUGCUAAAAAAUCGGGCAUAUAUAAGUCAUAGAGCGGCUGAGAAAGCAGUCUGAAAGUGAGAAAUUAAGUGUCACCUCAUGCGCAGCAACAUUUCCUUGAUUUUUUUUUUUCCAACAGAUUUAGAGUCAGAAGAGGAAAAUGUAUUUAAGCACCUCGACAUUCUUCAUCUCAAUUUUUGCACUUAUAUUUACAUCUUUAUGCCAGUACACAGAAGCUCUCAGCUUAAACGGCCUUGUGUCUGAACAUUUGGAGUGACAUAGAAGUGGGAUCAAAAACCUAGUAUAUUGAUUACUUCUGAGUACUUCUGACUGAUAUAUUUGGUGCACAGUAUAAAAAGCAGGUUGUAGGAUUUUCUUCUGUACCACUGUAUUGAACCAGGGAUUAGAGCCAAGGUGGUGGUUGGAGAAGUCAAGCAGAGGGCAGAUGAUUUCUGAAACAAAAGGAUUAAACAGGAUGGAGGCAGAGUAAAAACCAGUUAAGAAAUAAGGCCUCUAAUCAGAGCGGUUCCUGUCUGUCUGAGCCACUUCUCCACUGCGCUUCAUUCCCAGCCUCCUCCCGGGAGGUGGACAUCUCAUCUGCUGUCUCUCCGCAGAUUUCAUAUCCAAACAGAAUCGCAUUAGCCGUCUAGCUCUGCAUAAAUAUCUCUGUUUAAUUCAAGAGUGCGGAGAAAGCAGCAUCACAGCCUCUUCAAUAUGUAAGUUGUACUUAAAACACCUCAGUCCCCGUCUAACACAGAGAGGGGAAACAACACCUCUUAUUUUUUUUUAAUCUGAUAUGUAGGGUGGCUUAUGUUCAGGGAUUCAGAGGAAGGGAUGAUUCUAAAAAUGACAGAUGACAUUGUUUUGAAAACAAGAGCUCAAAAAGCCUGGCUUGUAACCCACCCUGCAUGGUUUGUGUUGUUUCAUGUGUCCCUGUAUGCCGACGACCCUCUCCUUCAGUCAUCAGGUUGAGGUGGUGAAGAGGGGUGUGAAGUCCAGAGUGAUUUCCUGCAAAGACAGAAAUUUAUUUAUGAUUUAAUUAAAUAUCCUUAUAUUUUUGUAUUUAUGUUUUCAAAUCAGUACAGUUGCCUCACUUUUGGGGAUAUGAAAUCAUACACAUAAUAAACUAAGACUGUUUGAGAAGUCUUUCAGCAGAGUUGGAGCAACUUUAAAUGCUGACAUGAUAAUAUUAUACAACUGUUAUGGAUAUUUUUUCAAUUGUAAAGUAUCACAACAACAUUACAACACUUCAAACUUCUAAACUUUAAUCCUUAAAGACUCAAAAUAACAUUAGUCUAAAUCACAUUUUUAAGGAAUGAAUUUCAUUAAUUAAUGACAUGCAUGAAUGAAUUUCUCAUUUGGAAUAAAUAAAGUUCUUGUAUUGUAUUGUCCAUUUAAAUGAUAAGGACACCAGAAGCAGCUUGCAACAACACAGUUCUGCCACACUUUCAAAAAACAAGCAGCCAACAAGAGUUUAGGAUUUUAAGUUAACAUCUGGGGUGGCCAAUCAAAUUUCAAGGGGAGCCUAUUCCACCUAUGACCACCCAACUGGACCUGCCUCUUACCUUCAUUGCUAAUUGCAUGGACAGUGGACACAAUUAAGUCCUAAAAUUGUAUUUUUUAAAUCAUUAUUAUCAUUAUUAUUUUUAAACAAAAAAUGUCCAGUUUAGUCUACAAAUAAGGGCAGCUCAGAAAGGUUGUGGUGUUUAAAUACUUCUUCUGAGAACAAAGUCACAUUCAAAGCUGACAGUCAAAUCACCCUUUCCAAAUGUCAACAACACCUCUUCUUCUUUCAAGUGCAGGUCCACACAGGUCAGUAUAACUCGCUUUCUGUAGGUGCGUCACUGAAUCCAUCGUCACUGUUAACGUAACAGUCUGGUAUUGUGCUCUGAGCAGCUUACACCUCAACCCCCUGAACAAAAUCAUCAUAUUAGGCAGUAAAAUCAUUGGACUGGACCUGCAGCUUUGAGCAGCAUCUACAGCAAUAUGACUAAAAAAGAAAGACUACAAAUAGACACCUCACACAACCUCUUCAACCACAACGUAGAUACAGAUCUCUUUCAUUGAGACAAAACAGGCCAUUUUCAGUUUUGUGCCAACUUCCAUUAGACUCAUUAGCAGAUAGUAUGAGUACUUGACCCACUUCCAAAGCUAUGAUUUAUUUUCUUAACUGUUCUUAACUGAUAUAUUUGAGCGUUUUUUUUUUUUUGUUUUUUUUAACAGCUGACCUUUAAUAUUUCUUUUUUUAAGGUACACAUUUAUGCUGUCUGCAUUUAACAUGUGCCUGUCAACUCUUGUGUUGUAUUUGUACCAAUUACGCAAACGGGGUUCCGGAUAUAUAAACACUUAAGUGCAACAUAACAAAUGCCCAACGCACACUGUAGAUGUAGUGUAUAAUUGAGAAAAUGCACAUUUCUUUUUUCACUUUUUUUUUUUAUAAUGCAACAACCCCAUUUCCUGGAAAAAAUGAUAAAUAAAGGACUUUUGAUUACAUUUAAAUCCAUUUUCAAUUAUAGACCCAAUCCUAACAAUUACUGGUAAGUUAGAAUACCAAGGCAUGCAAUAAAUAGAAAACAAAACACACAACAAACCCCAAACCACUUCAUCUAACCUUAUAAAGUGAAUUUAAAGUAAUUUUCAAUAAUAAAGUUCACUGACCUUUGCAAGCUGCUGCACUCUGUCCCACUAUACAUGCUGGGAAAUACUGAACAACCAAUAAAAUUAAGCUUGUUUCCCUAAAGGCUCAACUAUGAUUCUUCUAAAAAUGAAAAAUGGAUAAAACCGUAACUACCCUAAUAUAUAUACAGUAUAUGCAUCCUUUAUGUCAUGACGGACAUCAAAUAACCCAUCCACUUGAGGGCGCUCAAACAAACGACAUGCAUACAACACAACUUCUCCUCCUGCUUUACAAAGAACAUUUAAUUCCUGUCUGAUCUCUCUCUGGCUCUUUUUUGGGGGGUGAUUUGUACCCGUGCCCAGCUGAGGUAACAUUGUGUUAACACAACAGUUUCUAACAAUCUUCAAUAAUCUUGUCCCAAAAACAGUUCCAUCAUCUUCCAGUGGAUUCUGUCACAGUACCACUGGGAAUCUUCCCAAUGAUUCCCAGUGGUACUGCAAGGUUUAAUUCACAUUCCUUUGCCUCCUGAAAAUGCUGACCUAACAAACUGGAGGCUCUGUUUGUAUCUGUAUGCAUAUCAGACAUGGACCUUACAUAUUACUCCAACUUUGCUGCCAUGAUUGCUGAUGCAAACACUUCUAAGACGAGAAAACCGUCAGAGACCCUCAUGAAAAAUACACACUUCUUUAAUUCUCAGUGGGCUUAACGGCAGGAAUGUGGCACCACACUGCGGUUUCAUAUAGCUGACCCUCAUGGAGACUUUCUGUGUAAAUAAUUCAGCCAACUUAAGUAUCUGCGCUGGGAUGUCCUCUUCUUCGCUGAGUGUGGCUUGUCUAUAAUGCAGAGUUACUCACUGCAUUUACAGGACUUCGGCCUUCACAGAACACCAUAAUGCUUCUGAUGAGCCAGGCUGUAUUCAGAGAGACGAGAGGGAAAGUGAGCGGCUGUGAUAAAGCAAUGAUCACAAUGUUCAUGCAGUUUUUAUGAAGGACUGAAAAGCGAUCUUUUAACCUAAUCUCUCAGACAAUUGAACUAAUAUCUCCCAAAAUGAAGACAAUGUGGAAAUCUGGCUGUGACACUUCCCCUUACAAUUUUAAUUAAGGUAUCAGGAAAGAUGCAGAAAAUAAAUGUUUGUUUAGAUCACAUGGUUUUCAGAUUUGUAUGGUGUAAGUUGUUGUGGCAGACUCUCCUACCAUUGUUGGUAUUCAGUUUUAUAAACUUUGAGUAAUUUUUUCUACUCCUUUUGUAGAUAUCAUAUUGAAGAUAUGAUACUUUUUCCUUUCCUCAGCCCAGAAAUCCACAGAGACCCAAAAAAGUCUCCAUGCCUUUCAUACUUUCAGUCCAAUUUGUCCUCAGAGAAAUCCUUUGAGAAUUCACUUGCAGCUUUGUGUCCUAAUUGUCCUCGCUCUGACUCUUGGGUAACCUGUUCAUGAAUUGUGUAGCGUGGCUUGCCCACUUGGCGCUCGAUUACUUAGUCCAAUGUGACUGUGCAAGGCAUCAUUUAUUAAUGUAAGCUGUGGAAGAUCAGUUUCACUGUCCACCAGCGGCUCAACCUUUCCAGCCUCUCUGUAUGCCGGAGUGCUUCAGAGGCAUAAUGCAGCUCCCGCCUGCAGACAAAAGAAAUCAGAGAUCACAUUAUCGUUGACUGUGCUGUUGAUACAGAGACUCUGUGACCGAGAGACAAUGGGAAAUGGAUUUUGGGGAACUAUUUGACAGAUCAGAGACAUAUUUUGAAGUUAAAGCGUCUGAGUCUGUAAGUAUAAAAAGCUUCAUUAUGAUGCAAAUCUUCAUAGGAGUGCUGAACAUAUCUUUGCUGAAGGUGUUUUCCUGCAUAAAAGGCAACCACCAAGAAAUUUGACUUUCAGGCAAAGUUUCCUCGGUCUUUUAUGCGUAAUAUCUCUUGACUUAUUUGGGUAAUCCCGCGACAUCAAACACUGCUCAUGUUAACAUGGGUGUUAGUUUUAUCCCAGAGGCUGAAAUGGAGUGCACAAGUAGGACUCAUCAAUGGGGUGAACACGGCUCCAGCAGUGUCAGACAGUAUCCAGUUGUGUCCACACACAUCAUUUGAGCUGCAGGAAAUGUGUUCUAAAUAUACUCCAUGGAGGCCAGCUCCCAGCUAAUGUACUGCAGGUCAAAUAAAUCCAUAUCCAUGUGGAAACACUAAUAUCCCCCAAACACACCAGCCUAUUGAGAGGGGAAACACAUUGCUUCCUGUGCCUAGCCUCAAAAACAGCAUUUUUAGCUGCUGUGCAUUUUAUUUGAUGAAUUAAAUAUGAUUUAAUGCUUCCAGUAGCACUCAAGUUUUUUUUAUUUUUUUUUUCUUCUUUUUUUUUUUUGGUUAGAUGAGGUGAAUAUGCAUCAGCUUAGGUUGCAUUAUUUUGCAGCCAUGUGCCUAGCCUUUCUCUCAGCGUAUACAUUGUGAUGAUAAGUUUGCAAUAUUUUAUUAAUGUCUCAUGAAUCGACACGUGGGCCAACACACACACACACAUACACACACUAACAUACACACACUCUCAGGACGAUGCAAGCACACACAGCGCACAGUUUAUUAUCAUCGGUACAGUAACUGGGGAAACAUUUAGAGAGAAAGAAAGAGGAGCUUUGAAUAAUGAAUGCGAAGAGCCCUGUUACACUGCAGACAAGCCUUUGAAGUGACAUAACUUACUGCCACCGCUUUCAUAGCAUCACCAUCGCGCAGACACAAAGACAGAGAUAAAGGGAAGAGAGGAAAGGGGGACGCAGACAAAGAGACAGAUGAAACAUUUUUUAAGCAAUUACUGUUCUGAUGAAUUCCUGCACCUUCCUAACUUUCCAGUUGUGAAGGGAAAGUCUAAACCUAAUUGAGCUUUUUUUGUCAAAACACACAAAAAUCAGCUGAAGUUAAGAUUUCGUAUAAUAGACUGGGAUUAUUGUGUUGUGAAUGGUGGUUUUAGCUGAUUGAUAAACUUUAUCAAAUCGUCUUGGCAUUGAGCAAAUCAAAUGAGCGCUUUAUAGGGAGAUUCCUCUGGGCUCCUUGUUUAAAGAAUGUGCUGACAUCUUGAAAUAAAACCAAUUUCAUGCCUCUCAAAGCACAAGAGUGAGGCAUGACAACUCCGCCUGUGUGUCAAGCUUAUGUAAUUAAUUUGAUUUGUAUUCACUGAGUGAACUGUAGCUACGGGACAUUGUUUAUCACGCAGGGAUAUCUCGUCACUUGAGUGGACUUGCUUCAUAUCAAUCAGCGAAGCUUUUAUUUCUAUUAUGUUUUAAAUGCCUCUGUGACAAAAAUCAUUUUGAAAUUCUCUGAAGAUAAGAUAAGUCUUUUAUAAUAAUUUUGCAGCUUGUAGUAGUUUUAAAUGAAAGCGGUUAUUAAGAUAUAAAAAGCAAGCUUUUUUUUCUUUUUUCUCUGAAGCCACAGGACCAAAUCCUCAGGCUGGCCGCCCCCUUCAGGGACCUGGAGCUCGUCACAGGGACCCCCCAAUGGCUGGGACAUGGGCACCAAUAGAGAGGGGCGUGACUGUUACAUCAAGUAAGUGCCCUGUGUUUAAAGAAAAACAGAGGGGGACGCUUUUUCUUCAUCCCAGAUGUUUCAGACGCUUUGCCAACCUGUGAUUAUUCCAGCCACGUCACUGCCUCCACACUGUCUCCAUCUGUGCGUUCAGAAUACUGAUUGUCUGUUCCCUCCACCACUGCUGCUGCUGCUGCUGCUGCUGCGCACACUCUGCCCCUGCUCUCUCUCUCUCUCUCCCUCUCUCUCUCUCAUUUCACUCUCACACACCCACAGCACUCCUCAUGCAGUCUCCCAAAUGCAGAAGAGGGCUUCUGGGAGAGUGUGUGUGCUGCAGCUGAUGAGAGAGAUCCACCUGUGUUUGGAUGUGUGAGUGUGUCUGUGUGUGUGUGUGUGAGUCCUCAGAGGAUGAGAGGUGACAAUGUUAGCGGCGUAAUUGAUCUGUUGUAAUUGGCACUUCUGGAUAUCUGCGCAGGCAAGUAGAAGAAACUCUCUCUUUAUACUGUACGUUUGUCUGCACAUGUUCUGAUGUAACAAGUGAGUGUUUUCUGUCGAUUUGGCUCUGAUUUCCUUUAUUUUUCACACCUGAGAUGUGCAGUAUGCCAUCACACUGUAUCUGAAAAUAUUGCUGCAGUUACAAACUCUGUAAACAUCACAUCAGACUGCUGUUGCUGUAGAUUAUUUGUUCAGUAUUACUCUGUCUUCCAUUUGAUUUUCAUUGCAGCAGAACAGAGUGCACAGUCGUUCUUUUUUUCAGUGUACUGAAUGCAUGACUGAACAAUAUGUGUAUAUUUGCAUGGGAAUAGGAGGUGAGCACUUGUCACACAUGGGUUAUAGCAUGAGAAGCGUGAUGUCAGAGGAGUUAUAUAAGAAGUAAGGAGCAGUGAAAGUGCUGGAUGCAGAGUGUGCCUGGAUGAGGCAGAUCACGGAGGCUGUUUUGGCUCGAGCUCCAGCUUUCUAAAUUUGACAAAGACUCGUGAACAAUCGAACGUCCGCUCCUCUGACUGUUCACGGCCAUCUGAGUUGCUCAAGGCUUCAGGGGGCUUUUACCAAAUUGUCGUAUUUCUCAAAGGAACACAUGUCUAGUCGGCGUGACAGGAGCGCAUGAAUAAAGCAGGAGCCAUUUAAUAUUUACAGUGUGACACAAGGUUUUUAACAGAGAUGUAAUGCACUAGGGACUGCUGGGAAGAUAUUCUGGAGAGCAGAGUAGAUCUAUAUCAAUGUGGAGGAGACGAGCAGUGAAUUUCUACUUAAGUCUGAGCAGGGGAAGGAUGAAUAAGAGCAAACUCUUUUUAAAGUAAAACUAAAGUCACAAAGAUGUCACAGCAAAUAUGAAAAUUGUACCCAUUAGUAAUAGAAUAAAACAUUUACAGCACUUGAAAGACAAAGUCUGAUUCAGAUUCAAAUAGGUUUUAGGUUCACAAAAAAUCACAGCAGGAGUGACACAGCAAAAAUAUGGCAAGACAAACUGGCCGUGGUUGCAUAAUUUAACCAAAACACUAUGUUCCACACUGUAGGACAAAUAUAACCGCCUCGGCAGUACCAACAAAUAGUAAGCCAUAUCAAAGCAGGAUAAGAGUAAUAGGAUACUGCUUUUGCUAAUGAGCUUAGUCCACUUUGUCCAAAAUGUGUUUUAUGAAAACAGAGCCACAGUCAGUCCACCAUUUCUUUCCUCUCAUCUUGUUAACUGUAGAGCUCAAAGAGCAGCGUCUGAUUGUCGUAUAGAGGGUUAUGGAGCUACAGUAGCAGCUAAUGAGUAUGAUUAGGGACCAUUAGAUGCAUGGCUGUCUGCACAAUGGGAAAGCAGCCAUGUUUAGCAGGUGGCCGUGGAAGGGAGGAGACAGCACUCUUCCUGAAUGCAAAGGUCCAUAUGGUUUUGAUUGUGCACAAUCUGUUUGGUAAUGACAUUUUAGAUACAAAGCUAACAUGCAAAACUGAACCGAUUUCUUCUGAGAUGUUCACUUUGCAGUAAUUGUUGCCAUCAGGCCAAUAUGCUUGUGUGGUGAAUUAGAAUGAAACAAAUUCAGUGACAAAAGUGGAUACAAAAGGAUUCUGUGGAUUAUGUGUAAAAGAAACUGGACACUAAAACAAGACAAAUAUAGGAUUAAGGCUUUUUGACUCUUGUGUAUGGAGGCUUGAGUGUGCCACUAAAAAAAUACUGGUACUGAGCAGUAGACAGGAAUUUCUAUCAUUGAAGUGGCCUAAAUAGAGCACCUACUUACUGUUUGUGUGACGCACAACGACGUAUGCGCACAGAAAUUGGAAUAGCAUUGAUUCAUAAUUGUGGUGCCAAUCAAUUUGGGGGUAUGUCCUUUUCUUUACAGACCAUACUAUUGGAAAUCCUUUGAUUUGUAUUACUCCGAUAUUAUCACACAUAUAACCUAUGUUUUUAAAUAUCACUUCUGGUAAUUCAAAUACUUGUUGCUUGUAACUUUGAUGACUGAUUGUCGAUAAAGCACUUGUUUAAGCACUGGACAUCAUGUUAAAAAGUAUCCCAACAGGUGCUGGUUUAGACUCCCACCUUCAGUCAUCCUCCACUCUCUCUUCCUUAUUUCCAACUCUAUCCACUGUCCUCUCCUUUCAAAGCAUUAAAGGCCCAAAAGUUAAUCUGUAAAAUAACAGAAAUCCUUAAGCUCAAGCUUAUCCAUGGAUAUGGUGGUAACAUUAUAGGAUCUGGACUAGAGAGUCAACUAGCGCUCAGUUUUUAUGUAUUCAUUGAGUCCUUAAGUGUUGAUAGCAUUUCCUAUCCCUAAAUCUUUUAUGCAGUCCCAUUCCAACACAUCUUAUAAAACUUUCAUGACAGAGAAAUAACAAAUGCCGCCUUGUUAUUUUUUUCAGCUCAACGAUAAUGGAAUUUACUGAAUAAAACAACAAUGUAAAUUAUAAGUUAUUUGAAUUUAUUUGGCACAAACAACUUCUCUGACUUCGGUAUUGAAUAAGUUUUCGCCUUAGAUGACCCCAGGUCCAGACAGUGCAACCCACUCACCUCAUUAUUUUUAAUUCUACCUCUCUAGUUACAACAAGCUCUGCGCCGACCUUGUCAAUCUGCCCGCCCAUACUACUGUUCAUCUCCAUCGCUGCUCAUUUAACACACUUUGAAAUGGAUAGCUCAAAAAAAUGGCCAAAGGACUAUAGAUCUUUAAAAGUAUAUUUUAAAGAUGUCCGCUGUUUCUGAUUGAGGCAGUCUUACAGUUUGUGAUGUUGUAGAUCCAAGAGUUGCAUUAUUAAGAUAUUGUUUUGUUAAACAAAUCCAGCAGCCAUGUUGUUGUUCCUCUCUUUUGUUGUACAGAAAUGAAACUGCUUCACACACAUUAGAUGAAUUAUUUUAUCAAGCAUGUAAAGCAUCCCCACUUUUUUUCUAAAUCUGUGGUACUCCACAGUAUAUUUGUUUGUGAAUUUUCAACCUUUUUAUCCCCAAACAUUGCACAGAACAGGAUGAACAGAAUAUACUCAGUAAAAGCGGCUUCACUGCAUUCCUCUGGAGCAGAAUCUGUAUUCAGGAGAGAGCUGGUGCUGUUUUUAUCUUCUGAUUACACCUUCAUGCAGAUGUGUAACCAAUCUAACUAAUGGCAGACCCGGGGCUUUGUUGUUUUUAAUAGAAACAAAGAGGAUAAUAUUCUGAUUGCAUACACACAUAUUGUGGUCUCUGAAUAAGACAAAUUAUAUAAGCGUGUGUUAUUGUUUGUAUUGAAUCAGCAGCAUAUUACUAUUGAGGCAUUUAUUUAAUUACCAUAACAACGAGAUCAGCAGUUGCCAGCUGAUCAAGCACACAAUGACAAUAUUCCUUUAACACAAAUACACAUGAGAAUAAAAGCUUUUCUCUCAGUGUUUUCUCUUAUGUUUAAAUUAAAAGCAACUUGUUAGCGGUAACCAUGUUUUAUUGUUCGAGGAGUAUCAGUUUUCCUCCUUCUUGCUCUUUGACAGAAGCACAGCGAGCAAAACAAGUGCGUGGGAGGAGAGGGAAGAGCGUCGUCUUUGUAAUGGGAAGCAGUCAGAUUUUUGCAUUUGGACUGUAUUUUGAGAAAACCUUCAAAAUAUGCCUCAGCAACAGCUUUUCAAAUUGAAGACGAUACCAGCUCUCAAAAGUGUUGUUUUCAUCUUUAGUUGUUUAAACCAUCUAUUCAUAAUUGUAGCUCCUUUCACACCAGCGUCUUUCAUGAAACUCAGCUAAAAAAGAAAAGUCUGUGACUUGGAUUUUAAAGAAGAGAGAGGACCUUUUUGGUUCAUGCUAGUGUUUCUUUAAAGGGGUGUAGAAAAUUCAGUUUAAUAAGAUCCGUUUUUGAAGUAUUUAUCAUUUGAUGAGUCCUUUUCUGUGGUUUCCUCAUACUUUUAAUGAAUCCUCUCAGUGCUUUAAACUAUGUACCUUCUAAACUUCAGUCUUUUACAUCUGUGUAAGAUUUGUCUAUUAAAGCUCCAGUGAUUUUUUUUUUUGGGGGGGGUAACCACCAUGACGGAAACAGAAUGUAUUCAGUUUUUUUGGUGUUUUUAUGACAAAAUUAUUUAUCUUUUCUUAUUUUCAUUGCCAGCCUUGAAAAUCAAAAUGAAUCUUUGGCUUUUGACAAAAACUAAUUCAGCUGUGUGCUCUUCAUGACACCAUUCCAGGCACUUUUAAUUACAGUGUAGUCUGUUCUUGUUUGCUCUAGUAGGUCAUGUAGAGGAAUCAAUAUUUACUCCAGACUGUUUUAUUUCUGGUUAAAAAAAAAAAAACUCCCCAUAAGGCCUUUAAAUUCAUUAAGAAAAUCAUGAAAAUAGAGGGUUUAGGGAAGCAGCAGGAAUCUACAGGCCCUUCCAUCAAGCAGAAAUAAUUAUUUUCAGAGUUGUCUUGAAACCUCUGUGGGCUUUGAGUGUUUUUGCGGGCAAAAUUGAGCCAAAAGUUGCAUUUAGUAAGCUCAACAAAUUAAGUGUUCUCAUUAGCAAGGCUGCAGUUCAGUAAAUCAGAUAUUAUUUCACUGGCUUUACCUCAGUCCAAAAGAGUUUGAAAAUUGAAGUCAUCUUUGUACUAAAAUCAAAGUAAGAUCUUACUGGCUAGUUCUCACUCCCAGCAGUCUGCUCCACUCUGAGGCUUUCUGCUGUGGACGUCUUAACCCCACUCCAAACAAUCGAGGCUGUUUUACAAGAUUUGGUGAAUCAAUAAAGACUUGAGAGUUAACACAUCGUCUGUCUUUGUUGGUCUUAUCUUUUCCUUCAGGUUGGAGCUUAACAUUUUGUUAAAAUAUGUACAGGCUCUUCUAAAUUCUUGUUGAAUCAGAGCGAUACAAAGGCGAGGUUCACUUCUAGUUCAGGACUGAGGCAGCUUGGAAAAAGAAACAAAAGCUGGAGGAAAAGAGCCCUAUAUAAUCAUUUCUUCCCAGUCCUGUCAUCAUUCAUUGCAUCUGUUUAGCAGCUGUAUUUUACAUUCAGACGACAGAUCACAUGAUUUUUUUUUCUCCUUUUAGCUCUGAGAAAGAAUUGUUGAAUCCUCCUCCGACAUAUCAGUUGACUGUCACUUAGCUUUAAACAUCUUGUUUUUUUCAGAGCAUUGGGCCUGCGAUUGACAGAUCUCACUGUGUCUUUGUGCCACGAAGGAUAAAUUGUUAGUAUUUAGUGUUGAACAGUACAUGUGUCAGGAGUAACUGUGAAUUACACACUGUCUGCCCACGGCUUUAAUUAACCAACAUUGUUGGCACCAUACGGAGCUGCUGCUGCUUCUGCUUUUGCAGCCAGAGAGAGGAGCACUGUAAAAACUCUGAUCACAGAAUGUGUUAAAGCUACAUGCAGCUUGUUUACAGCUUUGGAGCUCGAAAAGAUUCAGAAAAAAAAGGGGGCAUUGAUCGAGUUGUAAAUGGUUCACAGCAGAGUCUUACAACCAGCUUUUGAUUGCAGGACGCUCUCAAAUUUUAGAAAAGCAAAACUCAGGCAGGCACAGGUUUGUCAAAGACUCAACACGCCACAUUAUACCUGCCUAGAAUUUUUAUCAGUGUGCCAAAGCAACACAUGACAAUAUGAGUACUACAGGAAACUGUAAACUGCUCCUUUGCAGAGCACACAGAGAAUUUCUGCAGUGGUAGGAUAGUACAAACAUUGGAGCUUGAUUAUUAUCGCCCACAUGUUCUAUUUUUGCAGCGCAGUACCAGUCCUUAUUUCAAAAUAACGCUUGAAAUCAUAUCUUUUACCAUGGAGUAAGACACCAGGUAAACAGAAGCUGUAUAGGCAGCAAUCAGGAUUAUUGUUGUGCCUUUUGUUUAGACUUUCACUCCACAUACGAAACUUUACACUGUCAUUGCUUCUAAGAUCUUACUUUCAGCUCAGCAUCAAGCACAGAGCAGAGCUGUGAUCUUCUUAUUGUUUUAAUUUGGCUUUAAUCCUCCAAAUCAAAAAAUCAUUUGGUCUUUUUGAUAUUACACAUGCAAGUGCCUUGAUUUCUGGGUUCAAAAUGACGGGUUUGUUUGAUUUGAUGCUACAGAAUAGGUAUCUUUUACCACCCUAUCCACAACAGAGGAUGCAAUGAUGAUCAAAGCUAGUAGAUGUCUAGAGUCAGUGUUUUUAUACUCAUAAUGCUCAUUGGAGUUUCCCAGGAAAAGAGGAAGUUGAAAGUAUAUAUAUAUGUGUAUAUGAUAAAAGACACUAGCUGUGAUCAUAGCAGACAGACAAAAGCAGCAAAUCUCCACAAUGAAGAGCUGCAGCUCAGGGAGUUCAUCUAGUUGCUGUGCAGUUUGUUGUCAGUAUUCUUAUCUGUGAUACUUUAACUUUGGCUGAAUUUUGGGGAAAUUCAUAAAUAUUUAAUCACAAAUCCUUUGACAUGAGAGCUUUCACUUGAAAUACAGAAAUACUGAGGGAUAUGUCGUUUCAAUUAUUAACAUGAACUUACAUUUGUCCUUCAGCCACGUCUCCCAGAGCAGCUCCCUGGAGGAGGUUCGCCUGGACGGGGACAAGUUUGUGCCACCAGCGCCCCGUAAGGUGGAGAUGAGACGGGACCCAGUGCUUGGCUUUGGAUUUGUGGCAGGCAGUGAGAAACCUGUUGUGGUCCGUUCAGUCACACCAGGUAAAGAGCCCUCAGCUGAGCACUGAGCUCUCAUACAACGGUGACUCAUUCGAUCUAUGGCCAUUAUCAACACAUUCCCCAAAGGAGAUGUAAUCCUGCUAAAAUGUAGCGAGUAAGGAGAGAUGAAAACCCACUCAGGCCGCAGUUUACGUCGAUGAGUCAUUGAUUUUAACAGCACUCGAUGAGUAAGCAUUCAUUAAAGCCUUUAGCCAUUAGACAGGAGUCAAGAAACUCCAAGAAAAAUGGCAUGACUGCGCACCGUUUGUAGCACUUAACCGGUGUUUGGUGUGCGUUUGCAGGGGGUCCGUCUGAGGGGAAGCUGAUCCCGGGAGACGAGAUCAUCAUGAUUAAUGAUGAGCCAGUCAGCUCAGCUCCCAGGGAGAGGGUCAUCGACCUUGUCAGGUAUGACAACACACUAAGGUGAGAUGCCAUUUACCUGCUGCUACUCCUGUUGUUUGUAAUUACUCGGUGUCAAUUUUUCAUUCUCCUUAAAAGGGCUGGAAGUAUUGUUACCUAAUGGCACUGAGUCACAGAUCGCAGAUUUAACUUUGGAUAUUUUGGCUCUAAUGAACAGAAAAGACUGACUGUCACAGCAUGGAUAAAUCCUGAUAAACUCUCUUUUAAAAUACAAUUUACAUACAAAUGAAAUUUUUUUUUGCUUGGGUAUAAUAGUCAGUUGUACUCUUGUGAUAUAGUUUUGUAUUGUAUACCUAAAAAAGUCUAAAUUUUAUCAAAGACACACCUUAUUUAAACAACAAAAGUUACACUUGAGUUGACCGUCCAGCAUGUACUCUGGUGCUUUGUAGAGACAAACUGAUUAAUGGGGCUCAUUAAUCGUAUUUUUACAUUAUCAGCAUCAUAUCAACAUCAGCCCUCACUAGGCCGAUAUCACCAUUAUAAUUUUUUUUUAGGAAAUACUUGUUUUUCCUAUCGCCAAGUUACAGUAUAAAUCAAAUCUAAAAACAGUUACUGGUUUGUGUUUUAAUAUAGAUUUUGUUACAAUGUGUAGAAAAAAAUUUUCAGACCACUGGACAGAAAUCCAGAAGUCCCUUGUGGUGAUAUAUUUUCAUGAGCCAAAUAUUUUCUAUCUACAUUUAUUUAAUCAAAUAUCUGCCCAGUAUUUUUUUUUUAUCAUUAUUAUUAUCUAUUGAUAUUACAAAAUCAUUGUUAGAAAAAAAAAAGUGAUAUUUGCAUUAUUUAUCAGCCAUCAGGUAACCUGCUCCUUUAUACUCAAUAUCAGCAUCGGCCACUAAUAAACUGUAAAAUCCUGUGAUUAUGAAUACAACUGCAUGUGUAAAAAUGUUUAAAUCUAUGUCACUGUUCUACUGACAUAUUUAAUGGUAUUAAGAAAGACAAUCUUUAAUAUUUAAUAAUUCAGGUAUUUUGCCUUAGAAGGUGGAGAGUUGUCUAAAAUACAUGAACUGUAUCUCUUUGGAUGCCCUUUGUGGACAUACAUUCAGACAUAUAAUUUACUUAGUUUUUCUGUGACAGCAACUAAAUAUCAAGAAGUAACCUCUGGUGUUGGAAAAUGAGUCCAAUGCAGAAGUGCAAACAACUCGGGUACUUUCACUGGCUGACUAAUACUUAACUUUCCAUCCAGAGUUAGAACAUAGUGGACUGAGUAAGAGUGUUAUGUUUGUGUUUUAUUUUGAAAUGAACCUUUCCCCCCUUUUCAUACAUGAACCGUUAUUGUGUUCACCUGCUCCAUUCGCUGUGAUUUAUCUGUAUGCUGCUGUUGGUGUGUCUUCAUGCGUCACAUUAGAUUAAUACUGGUGACAGAGCUGAGUGACUGGCAGUGAUCUGGUCCUUGUGUGACCUGUGCUGCUGUCUCUAAACAGUCAUUAGUACAGGGGAAAGUGGUCCGGCUACCUUGAAUGGUCUCUGUGUCUGCUCUGUGUUCCUCCUGUCUAACAUAAUGUCCAGACAACAACAAAAUCUAACCGCGUUAUUUAUCUAGUUUCUUUCAUCAGUGAUAGAUCCUUUAUCAGGUGUGUUUUUCUUUUCUGUGUUUUGCAGGAGCUGCAAAGAGUCCAUAUUGUUGACUGUUGUUCAGCCAUACCCAGUAAGUCUCUUCACCCUUUAUGAAUGAAUAAAAGACGCUCAAAUAGGAUGCUUGUAUGUUUGAAGGGGAUUAUUUUGUUGACUCCACGAAAGCAAGUCAUUAAUCACGCCAUAUGUUUGUGCUGGCAAAGUAUCAGUAAUGCCUUAGCUGAGUGUUCGAGUCCCAAUAACUCAAAGGGAGUUCAUGCUGCAGUCUGUCCAAGUCGUUUCAUGUUGUGGCGUCACAGCCUCGCAGGACCUCGCAUGAACCCGCCAUCGACAUUUAGAGUCAUGGCACAUCAGAUGGUGAUGAACACAAAGUGCCAAGAGCCCAUGUUUGCCCUUUGUUCACAGUUCAUAUACCAAUCUAGCUAAAAUAUAAUUAUGUCUGAACUCCCUCCUAGCACAGACCGAAUCAUUUCUGCCUUCUCAAAGACUCACUGUUUCUUGAGCAGCAGGAAACUCAUUAUCAGAUCUCAUCCUUGAAAAAAAAGUAUUCACUUAAAUUCUUUAAUUCAUCUAUUAAUCCUGCAUUUAAGUUGAUUGUUUUGUUCAGUAUCAUAGUUUUCAGGGGCUCUGCAAGAUAAGUGUGCAGUCUUUCUAAAAACAGCCACUUCACAAACAAACUUGAAUGUGGGUUUGAUUUCCAGAAAUUAAGGGUGUUGUAUCCCACAAUCCACCGAGGAAUAAGCAGCUCUUGGGAUACAGCCUGUAAUUGCCUCCAUUUACUGAUGCUUCAAUGACACAGCAGCAGUGACGGUGCGCUCCCCCCCAUGCCCUUGCGCAGAGCCACCUUAAUUGUAUCAGCACUGAGUGGGAAAAUGGGAGGUUGUCAUUUUUUUCAAGAAGGCAACAUGUCCUUGAAUUGUGUACAGCUAAAAAAAAACACACAGGAUCCUUUCAUGAGGAACUGAUUGUCCUUUAAAUGUCUGUAUUUUUUUUUGUCUUCUUCUUCUUCUUUCCCUCCAAAAGUCACCCAAAUCAGCAUUCAUAAGCGCAGCCAAAAAGGCCAAGUUAAAGACUAAUCCUGUUAAAGUCCGCUUCGCUGAAGAGGUCAUCAUCAAUGGCCAGGUUCCCGUAAGUCACACUGGACACUGAUUCAUUCUGCACAUAUCAAGACUCCUAUCAGGGGACACCAGCAGGGGGCUUGAACUCUAAAAGACGACGUAGAUGACAUAAUGAAAACAUUAGAGCUUAAAAAUCACUGACUGUGGAGUGAUGACACACAUAAGCAGGCGGUGCACCUCCUCCGCUUAUUUCUUUCCUAACAUCACCAGGGUGUAAUAGAGUGUGGGUAUGAUUGACAGAAAAUAAGGGGACUCUCUCACAGAAGGCUUUCCUGAUUUGCCGGAUGCGUCACCCAGAGAGGAGGCUUUUUCAGGAGAGCCAUCACAAAGUAAAGGGACUAUCAGGCAGUCGUAUACUGGGCAGCUUCAUAGAGACUGCACAACAAAGUGGUUAUAACUGAAGACCUAUCAGUGCUUUUUUCCCCACUAUUAUUCUGGCCCAUUAUAAAGAAUCACAUUCAUUUGCAUGUUUUAGGAAAAGUUCUUCACAAAAUAUAAAAACAAUAGCCAGCCUUUUUUGCAGAGUUUGAUAAGAGUAUUCUGCUCCUAUUUAAUUCAAAGCUUUAGUCAGGGGAGCACUAGCUACCACGGAGAAAAGAAACAUGGGAAGACAGACCAAAAGCCCAGAGAUUUCAAAAUGAUCCACCCACUGGCACUUUUUCAUACUCACUUUUUAAAAUUUUAUAUAUUUUUAGCUUUAUCUGUAGAAAACCAAGCUGUGUGAAGGACAAGUUGUGGUUUUCACAAGGCUGUUAUGUAACAAACUAUUUUCUGGAUGGGUGCACUUCUUUUUGAGAGUCUUGGGCCACGUCUGAAACUGCGUAGUACCAUAGUCCUCAUGUGGUGUCACAAUGACUGUGUAGUAUUUUCUACAGAGUUUUUUAGUUUGAUACAGGAAUUCAUUAUUCAUGCAUAGAUGCCCCAAAAUGCUACAGAAGUAUAUAAUAAACACAGUGAGAGGAUAACUCUAUUAUUAAUCCUGAUUCUUGUUUCUUUCUAAAGGAAACGGUGAAGGACAACUCCCUUCUUUUUAUGCCAAAUGUGCUCAAAGUGUACCUGGAGAAUGGGCAGACGAAAUCAUUUAAGUUUGACAGCAACACGUCCAUUAAGGUAGGCAUACAAAAGUGUCUUGUUGACUUACAAUUCAGAAGUGUGGUGCAAACAUAGACUGUAUAUAGAAUCGAUGCCAUCUGCCCUCUCGUUAAGUGAAGCCACCAUGAGAACAGCACCCUCUGGUGACGGGUAUGGGUCAUAAAUCCCGCCUCCUCCAGCAAUCCCUAUGUGGACAAACUUUAGAAAUUUAUUACACAGAAUAUAAAUUUUUCUUCCCUCUGGUUGCGAUGUUGAAAUGUAGUUAUUGUAAGCCUGGUUUGUGCUCAAUUCCUCUUUUUUUCUGUUCAGCUCCAUUUUUAAAAGUUAUUAGGGGGUUCAUGUUUUUUAUGAUUGACACUUGAUACAGCCUAUUGGCAUACGAAGAUUGCGUAGCUUACCCUGGGGAUACGCUGUUUGAGCCGAGCAUCAUCACAGUUGCUCUUGGAGACUCUCCCACCAAAUGCAUACAAUGCUACUGUGCAAGUGGUGGUUCCAGGAAGUGGAGAAAAUCCUGGAAAUACUGAGAGCAAUUUGGAGCCAAGUUGUCCAUAGUAUAUAUAGUCUAUGGGUGCAAAGCAAUGUUGAAUGCAUCAAGAAGUAACACAGUAUAUGAAGUGUGAACUCCCGCUUUACUUUAUCUGAACUUUUAUAGAAAUUCCUUUUUAUUUCUUUGAAGUGGAAAUUCUGCUUAUGCUUUUGCAUCAUCGUCACAUUUUUGUGUAUGAGCAGGUGUGAGAACUGUUUUACACUUAAAGCACUGAGCUAGGUGAGAACAGGAUGCUGCAUCUGCACAUUUCCCACGUUGUAUUAACUGUGUAUGACUUUGUCUUUGCGGAAGGAUGUCAUCUUGACCCUGCAAGAAAAGCUAUCCAUUAAAAGCAUCGAGCACUUCUCUCUGAUGCUGGAACAGAGAGCAGAGGGAACUGCCAGCAAACUCAUGCUCCUGCAUGAGCAGGAGAUGCUAACUCAGGUGAGACCGUCUUUUUGGCUCCUACAGGGCAGAGGAGAGACGUUUAAAUAAUACAUACACUAUAGUAAUAAAACAAAUAAGAUUUGGUGCAAAAACACAGGAGGAGUACAACCCUUUAUCCUCAGGAUAUCGUAGAGUAUUUCUGCAUUCAUACUGCAUUAGAAAUGUUAAGACCUAGUUUGACAUUUUCGGAAGUUUGCUUAUCCACUCUCUUGCCAAGAGUGAGAGAAGAUCGAUACAUCUCAAAAAUAACCCUCCAAGAAAAUCACUGCAGUUUGAUUUUACUCGCCAGUUCUUGUAGGGAUUAAUCCAAGAAGAUGCAACAUGUUGCCCGUCUUAUAGGAGCUAGUUGCUUCGUUUAUAACUCCCAGAAACAGCUGUGAUAGCAUGAUAUAUUUAAAGUCUUAAUCAAGAUAAUUAUCUACAGUCUAAAGAAAGCAAAUAAGCUUAUUUCCCAAACUGUCCAUUUGAUUCAUCACUACCAGAGUGGCACAUCAUGGCAGACUCUGUGGAUGGUAUUUCAUAUUGAUCCUUACUUGUUAAUACACUGUCCCUGUUGGUCUUGACAAAUUAGUUUUAAAAAAAAAUUACAGUAAAUCACUUGAUUAAUGGGACCCCCUGUCCAACUUGUGCUCUAGGUGACACAGAGGCCAGGGUCGCACAAGAUGAAAUGCUUUUUUCGCAUCACUUUUGUCCCAAAGGAUCCGGUGGAGCUGCUCAGGAGGGACGCGGUUGCUUUUGAGUACCUUUAUGUUCAGGUAAACAUCAGCAUACACUGCUAAAAACAAACUUGGACAGUCAACUUCAUAUAUCUGAAAACACGUCAGAAAUAGACUGUCUCUGUAAUGAUUAUGGUAGCUACCGUGUUGGCUGCUGUAGGUGUGACGCUGUCUUAAGUUUCAUGAUAAGAAGAGUAACUGAAGUCUAACAUCCUCUUGUCCUCUCCCUCUCCGGCUCCUCCAGAGCUGUAAUGAUGUGGUACUGGAGAGAUUUGGGUCGGAGCUGAAAUACGACACAGCACUUCAUCUGGCUGCCCUGCAAAUGUAUAUUCUAACCAUCAAUACCAAGCAGUCCCAGAAAGUUUCCCUCAAGUAUAUUGAGUAAGUAGACUGAAUCCCAGACUUCCUCUGAUCGUAGUGGACACCAUAGAGUCCAGAUUGCUGUUACACAAUAAAACAAUGAGUUCAGUUGUGUUCCUCAACAGAGCCAGAAGAUCCAUCCCUGCUGGUUAGUUAGUGAUUCUUAGCGUAGCCUGUCAGUUAAUCAAUGCUGCACCUCUAGGUGAAGUAAAUCGAUCGCUGCUCAAGAACGCUAACCGCACUGUUUUACUCUGAGGGUUUAUUAGACCCUUUUAGAGACCCUCUCUAAUCUUUAUGAAUUGCACGUCUGCAGGAAGGAGUGGGGUCUGGCGUUGUUCCUGCCUCCUGCUGUGUUGUCCAGCAUGAAAGAGAAGAACAUCAAGAAAGCUCUCACUCACAUCCUCAAGACCAACCAGAACCUGGUGCCACCUGGUAAAAAGGUACGCUGGACUAAGCCUUUCUCUUGGCUCUCCAUCACUCUGUAUCUGCAUCUGAGAGGGCUGUAGACUGCCACCUAGUGGUGCUACAUUUCAAAAUAACUCAGCUGGAUUCUUAAGCCGACAAUGCUGAAGGUUACAUUCAGCUGAGAAUAACUCAUUUCAAAGAUCUGAGCUGGCCUGUUUUUGUUUAUUUUUCUUUCUUCAGCUGACUGCCCUGCAAGCAAAGGUCCAUUAUCUCAAGUAUCUCAGUGAUCUGAGACUGUAUGGAGGGCGAGUGUUUAAAUCUACACUUGUAGUAAGUGAAACCAUCUUGCUAUCAUUUCAGUGUUCAAUAUGUCACCUAAAGCAGCAUGCAGGAAAUGAUGUUUUCACAACUUUCUGUUCUAUUUUACAGCAAGGCGAGAAGCACACAGAGGUGACGUUGCUAGUGGGGCCUAAAUACGGUAUAAGCCAUGUGAUAAACACCAAAACAAACCUGGUGGCACUUCUGGCUGAUUUCAGCCACGUCAAUCGGAUUGAGAUGUACACAGAGGAUGAAAACCGGGUCAGAGUGGAGUUACAUGUUCUGGAUGUGAAGGUUAACAAUCAUUUCACUUUUUAGAAAACAACAUGCUGACUGGCUUUGUGUAGUUUUCUAACAAAGGGUCCGUUCAGCAGUCAUUACAACCUCUUUCUACAGUUCCCAUUUCCCAUUUGUUUUGUCCUCAUUGUCCUCUUAUCUUCCUCUUUCACAGCCCAUCACUCUCUUAAUGGAGUCGGUUGAUGCAAUGAAUCUGGCCUGUUUGACUGCUGGCUACUACCGAUUACUGGUGGACUCUCGGCGCUCCAUCUUCAAUGUGGCCAAAAACACAGACGGUAUGAAGACAGGUACAUCUGAUAUGAUGACACGGUGACUCAUCAGAAGGUGCUGUGUUAAAAUAGAUUUGUUUCAUUUUCUGGUUCCCUUUUGCAGGCCAUGCAGCAAGAAUAAAGCAGAACUACCAGGCCAUCGAGUGUACAUACAGCACAGCCCAUAAGGCAUCUGAAGACAGGAACAACCAGAGGUGCAGCCAAGAGUAUUCUGACCAGGAGUUUGAUUACCUCGACCAUGGGAGGUGUGAAAGCCAACCGGUUUAUGUGACCGAGAUUCACCAGCCGCAGCACUCAAUGCACAUGGCAGAGAGAGCAGAGUGCUGCAGAAUCCCCUGCACCCAAACUUACCUCAACAUCCAAAGGCCCAAACCCCAAGACUCCUCCAGGGGUGCAAAGGUCUCCUUCAUAUUUGGAGAUCCUCCCUUAGACAGCGUAAACCCCCAAAAUUUGGGCUACCAGAGACUGAUGGAUGAGAGCCCAGAGAUUCUAGACAAUCACAGUCCCAUGUACAGGCGACUCGAGGAGGACUAUAAGAUGAUGGAUGCCAUAGAAGAGGGGGAAGCGUAUCCCUACUCCACCAAAAUCUUUGGUACCACCGAAUGCAUCGAGGAGCCGCUGCUGCAUGACAUCUGCUACGCCGAGACGACAGAUGACGCAGAGGAUGAGGAUGACAUUAGCUGUGAGGAGGACUUGGUGAUGAGUGACAUUGACAAACCCAUGUUACUCUCACUCUCAGGGUCCAGCGAUGACAUCAUUGACUUGACCUCCCUCCCUCCCCCGCCGGAGGGGAACGACGAGGAGGACAAUGACGUACUACUGCACUCUCUUAACCUGGCCAUUGCUGCUCCUCCUCCUGGUUUCAGGGACAGCUCAGAUGAGGACGAGCAGCAAGGGGCUGGGUCCAGAGCCAAGGGGGCCUGCAAUGAUAUCCCAGUGUCUCUUAUAGAUUCAGUGCCCACCCACAGAGCAGAGGACCAUGGGGAGCCACUGAACGAUGCAGUGGUGUCCACCUUACAGGCCCUCGAGGCCCUCGCUGCAUCUGAGGAACAGAGUCCUGCACAGUCAGAGAGUAGCACAGGUUCUCCUUAUACUAUUGUAACAUUCAUCCAUUAACACCACAUAUGCUCCAGCCAUUCACUUUUGUUUUGUUGUUAUUUUCAUUUUUCAAUAAAGCCCAUUUUGUUCUCUGUUUCCAUUUGUGUUUGUGUGUUUUUCAUUCAUUUGCAUUCAAACUGUUUUGUUUACCACUGUAUCAUUUCUUUUCAUUUUCAAGAGUUGUUCUUUUGUGCUUCAUUUGUGUUUUGUUUCUCACACGCACACUGCAAAAUGUUGGAUGUUUGUUGCUAGUACAGGAAACUGAAGUUGAACGCGCUAAUUUUAACUAAUUGACUUUUUUUCUCUUUAUUAUGUUAAAGGCAUGGUUGACGAUCUAAGAAGAUGUUGAAACAAACUGAGCUGUUGAGGCAGAUUUGAAAAAAGCGUCCCACCCCUCACACGCAAACCUCUCCUCUCUGUGCUCCACGAUAACUCCUUCCUGAACCUGUAUCACCCUCCCACAACACCCCCCCUCUGGAAGAGCAAGAAGCCCGCCAGCAGAAGAUCCCACACUAGCUACAAAUUACCAUGUGGGAUUGCUAGUGACUAGCGGCAGUAAACACCAGCUCUGCUAGUGAGAAUCGUCUGCAACUGCCUGGACAGCUACCGUGUUGACUGAUGAGAGUUAUUUAUGUAACGUGCCACGAUAAAAGGCAAAAAUUACCUGUUCAACAAAAACUCUGCUGUCUCAGCGAACUGCUUGAAGGAUGACCCGAUGUUUAUUCACGUUAGAUUCCACGCUUGGUCACAUUUCCCCUUCGUCUUGGCCCUUUCUUCUGUUGGCUUGCGUUUUCUUAGCACUUUUAGUGGUGGGGCAAGCAGACAUGUUUUUUUUGUGUGUCCUUCUCCAUCACAGCUCCUGUAGCUAAGCUGCUACGCUACUUUUAGCCGCUCAGAGCUCAGAGGAGAGCUGGAAGAGUGGGAUACAAGUACGGGUUGGAACUACGGGAGAGGGAUGUGAGGGAGAUUUACCAAUAGGAGCUGUCCGGGACAGAUGGCUCCCAUUGGUCAAUGUUUUUUCUCCUCACUUUGUGAAGAUCGCACUAGAGGACCAUGAUCACCAUAUAAACGAGCUUCAUAAUAAUUACCAAUCUCUCCAAUCGUCAACCAUGCCUUUAACCUUAAAGCAGUCAUUUACUUUUGCCAAUAACUAUCUCUUGUAAUUUCAUGGCUUGCAAAUGUAGCUGCUAAUGAGUUGUUUGUCUUUCUGUGGCACACAGGUGUAGAAAUAUCACGAGCAUUUAGUCCUGACUCCUCAGAUUCUGGCAAUGAGACAAAUUCCUCCGAGAUGACAGAGAGCUCCGAGCUGGCCACCGCUCAGAGACACUCGGACAACCACCUGAGGCUGCAUGUGGCCAUGACAGAGGGAUACCACGCCAUGACUGAUGAGAAGAGAGAGGGCACUGUGGCUGGCAGUGGAGGCGUGGGAGCUAUGCAGUACAAUCCCCAGGAGCAUCAGGAGGAGGAGGCGAAAUCAACCGCCGUCACCUCCUCUCAGAUCUUUCACUCAGACGGUGGUGAGAUGGAGCCAGAGACAAUGGAAAUCAAAUCAGUGAGUGAAUACUUCACCAAGAUGCAUAUGGGCUCAGUAAUGAGCAGACAGAGAGGGAAACAGAGGGAGGCAGAUAGCAGAACCCAAGGAGAAACCUGUGAAUCCUCUGACAGAUCUCACAUGACUCCUCAGGACUUGGCCAAAGAGGAGCUCCCUCAUCUUGUUGGGAAGUACAACGCUUUCACUGUGAGAGAUUCCUAUUACAUGAAUCAACUUGAUCUGGGGCGCACUCACUUUAAAGAUAAGCAUCAAAAAUGGCAGCAGAGAGCGCCUGGAAACAAAAUGGCAGAAAAUCUGUCUCCAGAUUGUGUGAAUGACUCACAAGCUUCCCACGCAGAAAGGUUGACAGUAAAGGGAGAGAAACACGACUCGGAUGAACGAGGCCAACAGAUAGAAGCACACGCUCGCUCCCCGUCCAGAGGGCCUGCAGAGGGAGAUGCUGCUUCACAAGAGAGCGAGCAGCAGCAAAUUAAGACUCAUCCGUCAGAGCAAGAUGUCACGCGUUUGCACGAAUACCACUUGGGCAAGCGCAUGUCAUCAAUACAGAGUGAAGGCAUUCAUUCUCUCCAAAGCUCACAGUGUUCCUCUAUAGAUGCUGGUUGUAGCACAGGCAGCAGCAGCUGCGUCACUCCCAUGGAUUCCCCUCUUUGUGCCACAGACAAUAUGCAUGUUCUGUCAGAGUCGACCCUUAAAGGACUGAGUUAUGUUUCUGCUGAGGAGAGAGCUUAUGGACCCCCUGCUCAGGGUAAGGUGGGUCACCCCAUAGACCCCACCCUGCUGAGGAAGAUCCACGCAGCCACCAGUGCAGAGCCGGGGUUACGUGCGACUGGGGAAGGCAGUCACAGGAUGCCCAAGAUAAAAGAAACCACAGGUAAAACUAUACAGAAGGGCGCGCUUGUCUAUGUGUGUCAGCGCAUGAAAGGAAUGAAAGAUUUUUAUUUUAGUCACAAAAACAUCAAAAGCAGAUUUUCUCUGAGGUAUCCAACCAUGCAGACAGAUUCGCUUUAUGUUCUUAUAUUGGAAGAUUUCUGUUUCUCCUCUACUGUGCAGGAAAAGAAAAUCUAGCUUGCUGAAAAAGAAGUCUGUUUUUCUUGCAACAUUUUUUUUCGACACAAACAUAAUUUACACUCUGUUAUUCCUCGUUUUAGACUGGGCUAAGGUAAAGGUUUUGAAGCUUCAUGUGUGGCCUUGCCUCUGAGGGUUUCUUAGAGCCAGAAGUGAUCACAUUAGAGCAAGUAGGUGGCUCAGGAGACUGAGGAGGGAGCUGUAAAUGCCAUGUUGUCAAAGCUAUUAGCUUAAACAUUAGCGCCAGUAGUUAGUUCAAUGGUAGACUAAUGGGAUAGUUGAAGCUAAAUGGUACGGUUAGACAAGUGUUAUGAAAUGACUGAUUCUCUAACCAUAUGAGCAAAAAUUCAAACAGAUAACUGACUAGUAAACAGUGAGUAGUGUUGAGUAAACACUCAAAAAAGACAAGAUUUAGUUUUCAGUUUAUUCAACCCAGUUCAACACUAGAUCACAGAGUUUGUGGGUGGACCAUCGCAAAUUGGUUUGCUGCAGUGUUGUGCAUGAGCACGCCAAAAUGAUCAUGUUUAUAAUUUGGUGAAGUGUGAACUGAACGGCCCAAUUUUCCACUCAUGAACGGUAACAUGAGUGGAGUUAAACAGCUGCUGACAUUUAGGGAAGAUCCUACAGAUAAUAAGCGGAACAUUGAGCGUUUUGGCAACUGAAGUCAGAUUUACGGAUGUAGUUGGCGGUGCUGAUGAAGCCAGCUCUUGUGAACAUUGUGAAGGAGUUUUAUAAACAAACUGCUAAGUUACAGUCUUAUAUGGUUUAAGACAGCUGCAGCUUGUUGAGGAGGAGAAUAAUUUCAUUUCUUGUUGUUAUUUAUUCAGUGUUUUUUUGCCUUUGGCUCUUUUAUUUCAGAGGAUGUGAAAACUGUCUCAUCAUCAUCACAAAUAGAUGUCAAAGUUGAAAUCUUCAGGCAAAUAUUCAGCCAACAAAUUAUAGUUAUACAGUAUGUGUGUUUGUUGUUUUCAAAAUGGCAGACACUCUGUAAAACAUACUCCAAUUUUCCUGGCUUUUAAAUCUAAUAUCAUUUAGUUGAGGAAAAAAUAGUUAAAUGAGUUGAUUUAUUUUGCACAACACAAGUGAGUCCUCCUUAUAGGUUAGCAUUCACAUGCCUGUGCAGGUCACACACAGCUCCAGUCUCACGGUUAUAUUCUAUUUUAAACAGACUCAGUAAUCCUCAUUUACAAGAUCAACGCCACGCUAUAAGAUGCCAUCAGUUAUUGGUGCUUGUUUACAUCCAGGUAGAAAAGCAUAUAGCUCAGCACGAUGAACUGGAGUUUUGAAAAGGUGGCUACAUUACACAUAUUAAUUUGUUUAACCAGUUAGUAAGUCCGAUGCCAACUGGCAAAGGUAAUAAAGUUUAAUCAUACAGUUAGCUAGAUGCACACAUCCCUGGUUGUUAGUGGCUUUGUUGCUAACCCUUUGACAUCACAUGAAUAUAAAAACCUCUGUAAACACCAUCCACACCUAUUUUUGUAGGGAUAAACUAAAACAGAGUGCUCUUAAAUUUAUUUUUGUUCAGUAUAAUCCUUUUAUUUUGUCUUUUUGAAAGUAUGAAGACAUUUUUUUUAAAUGUAUCAGUGUUUGCUUUAAGGGAGAUGCUUAACAGUUCUCUUUGUUUCCCUACUGCCCCUAGUGUAG